AUGAGUAUACAAUUUAGUUCUGACAUUCUUAAAACGGAGCAAUUGAGUAAAACGUUAUCUGAUGUUGAUGUCUAUUGUUGCUCUUUUUGCGAGUUAAAAUUUAAUAAACUUUCAGAUCUUGAGUUACAUUCCCAACUGCACAAUAAAAACAAUGAUUAUAAAUGUUCUUUGUGUAAUGACGUAUUUUCCGACUUGGAGCAAUUUAAACUUCAUGAUCUACGUCACAGUUUGGAGGAAGCAGAGGAGGAUGUUACUGAUAUUGAACAAAUGAUUUUGCCGUUUGGUUUAAAAUCAUGUGAUAUCUGUGGUGAAAAAUUUUCGUGCGAUGAGGAGCUAAUAAACCAUUCUAUGAACCAUCCAGAAAGUGGAAUUGAUAAAGAGUUAACGAAAAGUCCAGAAGAUGAGGCUGAUGGAAAAGAGGAUUUUGUACCGCCUGAAAACGAGGAUGGGGAGACGAAUUAUCAAAUUCUGCGGCAAGAAGUAGUCAAAGAUAAAUUUGGAAGAACAGAUGUUCGCUUUAUUUUAAUUGAUCACCGAAAUGAACAAGUGGAAGAAUGCAGGCAUACGAUACCGUCUCAAGUUGAGCAAGAUGCCAAAAAGAAGAAAAAAACAUUUGUGAGAACUAAAAGAAAUGGCAAUAUUGUAAAAGUUAAUAAUAAUGAAAGACCUAAAAGAGUUAAAUCUAACGAUGAUGUUGUUUAUUUAGGGUCUACUGCUGUCAAAAAGCAUACCAAACCUGUUUAUUUAGGGUCUACUGCUGUCAAAAAGCAUACCAAACCUAAAAAGGUUGAAGAGCAGAUUGAUGAAAAGGAAGAAGAAAUUGUUUGUUUAGGUGAAGUGGAGUCAAAUAGUAAAUCUAGGCGAAGUAAACAAAUAGCUUUGAAAAGAAAAUUGUGGAAUGAGAAGAUAUAUCUUCCUCCUGCCCAGAAGCUCAAAGACUGCCCUACUUGCAACAAGUCAUUUGGUGAUACGGAUGACUUUAAAAAACACAUUGAAACCCAUAAACCCAAGUCUGAAAGAGAGUCUUAUAGCAUGACAGAUAGAAAGAUGCUUUUUAAAGAGGAAAGACUUUUAACGAUGGAAAAAGAUCAAAAGAGUGAUGAUGAUUAUCCUGAAUGGGUUGAAAUAAUUUGUGAAAUAUGUUACACUAGAUUCUGUAGAAAGAAGGGAUUAAGGAAGCAUCUUAUAAACAUUCAUAAAUUGGACUUAAAGAAAGUAAAUUUUUAUCUUGACAGAGUGCAACAUAAUACUGCUUCCUAUCAUACUUGUAAAGUGUGUAAAAAGCAAUUUUAUAAAGAAAGUAGGUUGUACUCCCACGAUUGUGUCCCAGCGAUUGCUGUAGUGUGUGAAAUUUGCAAUCAAAGGCUGUCCUCUAAAACAGUUUUAAAGAAACAUCUUUUGGGUUCUCAUAAGUUAGAUGAAAAUAAAGUAAAUUCAAUUAUGGAGCAAUUAUCAAGUUACAAUGCCAGAUUCUACAAAAAAUUGGAUCCUAUUGGAGUAGUGGCAGUCAUUAGUUCUGAUGGUCGGUAUAUCAAUAAAAAGAAAGGAUCGAAAUUGUGUCUGUCGCAAGGCCUGAGAUGUGAUCAAUGCAAUAAAGCUGUUGAUGAAUUAGAAGGACAUAAAUGUUCUCCUCAGAUUGAAAUAAAAUGUCGAUAUAGUUUGUCUAUAGAAAGAACUCCCCUUGCCACAAAUUCUAAGGCCGUCUGCUGCUAUGGAAAUAAGAAAGAGAGCAUUUCAAAAAGGCGAGCUUCUUCCCCUGAUUCCUUUUCUCUCGUUGACCCGAGACAUCUGUCUUAA